CCGUACACUCUGCGAGACACGACCAGUCCGUCAGCUCAGUCUUAAAGUAACACUCGUCACAAACACACGCACUUCUACGCUCCCUCUGUCUCUAAGGGAAAACGUAUGUAAAUAUACCUCAAUUUUAGAAGGGUAGUGCUGUAGACCCGAGGUGUUCAAAUGGAUCCAACCACCCAACUGCUAUUCUGGAUGGCAACACUCCUACUUUUAGGAGAGCGAACCGCCGCGACAACCUCCUGCAGUUCCAACCAGAUCCGUUGCAAGAGAGAUGACGUUUGCAUCUCCGUCUCCUCCGUUUGUAAUGGGACACCAAACUGUCCGGACAGGUCUGAUGAAGAUGUGCAACUGUGCAAGCUGUGGACUUUCGACAGAUCAUCUUGUGGCAGUUCCUCCGUGUAUUGCAGUGGAUGCCGUAGUUAUGAUGACUUCUGCAACAGAGAUCAAUGCCGGAGAAAUAUCGAUGACAAAAUCUGUCAGAUGGUGAAACUGAGGCAAUUGAUCAUCGAGGAAGAAUUCAAAGGAAUGACUCUUUCGGACGAGGCGGUGACGUUGAUGACCGCUGUGGUGAAUUCAACACUCGCUCAGAAAUACCCCGAGUGCCCCAUGCUUUACACGAGGAUCGGGGGUAAAUGCUUGGCCUUCUUUUCACUUGCCAAGGUUGCCUGGCCGGAAGCUCGACAGUUUUGCAAAUCCAUUUAUGGCGACCUGGUCACUUUCAAAACCCUACAAGAAUUUGGACAUGUGAUUGACCAUCUAAAGGAAGCUUUGCUAACGACCGAUUUCUGGAUCGGAGGGAGGUAUGACAUGGAUGUCAAUGCUUGGGCGUGGGCCAGCGACGACACUCCCAUGCCCUUGGGAUCUCCCUACUGGGCUGAGAGUUACAACAGGGUCUGUGUUCCUCGGUCGCCGCCUCACACAGACCCCUUCAGCAACCCUCCAGCUGCCCUCCCUGAAGCCCCAUGUUACAACUACCUACAGGCACCCAAGCAACGCAGCCAGGGAUGGUGCAGUGCUAUAACCUAUGAGCACUUCUACUUCAUCACAGAUGAUGAAUGCCAAAGCUCCCAUAGUCCCCUGUGUGUUCUUGCCCCUGACCCUGAGGGCGUUUAGUCAUAAAUGGACAACAGCUUCUCACACCACCAGAUGGUCUUGUGUUAAUGGUGAAGCAGAUGUGAUUAGCUUAUAUGAUAUACUGUGUGUGUAUGUGUGAAAGGUGUGGAAUUCCAUUAGUAUAUUGAAAAACACUUUUGUAAAACUUUUUUUUUAUGAUACUUCUACUAUCUUGAAAUUGAUGCCAUCAGCAGUCUAAUACUAGUUGUGGUGGGAUUACUGAAGACCGCAUGUACUUGCUAAGACUUUGUUAUAAUCUGAAUACUAUCAUAAAUUACUUUUGUCAUAAUUUUAGAUGUAAGGAAAGAAUGGAUCCUGCAGUAUUUGUCAUCUUAUGUCCCUUUUACAAUACUAUAUGGAGUGUCCCACAAAAGGACAAUAAAUUUUGCCAAAUGCAGAA